AGUAACCAAUAAUCAAGAAGCCGGCAUUGGAGAGGCCGAGCUAAAUUCGUGUGCGGUUGUGCACUUCAAGAUGGCGCCACUGCAAAUUUGUCUGAGUGAAUCGUUACGUAGGUAGUGAGGUCCUGAUGAGAUGGUUACAUUAUAUGUAAAGCUGCCAGAGGAAUCGCUGGAGCAUGAUGAUCGCAGCCUUGAGCCUACAUUAGGCUGAAUGCAUUGUGAUUUCCAAUAAUUGAGACAGUGAUUCUGAAAGCUGUCUACAUUAAUGAAAAGAACAAUGUAGUCAGCUUAGCAUAUCCAUCUCUGAUACGUGUUCUGUUCUGGAUGUGCUUCUGCAUGCAUUCUACAAGAACAAAUCAAGUUAGUUCAUAUCAGCUGAUUCGUAAGUUUGAAAGAAGUUUAGACUCUGUAGAGAAACAAUGGAAAUAGAUGAUGUUCUACCACCUCUCCCUUUGGAGCCACCUCAUGAUUUUGGCCAAGAUGAGGGCAGAGCACCUCCACCACCUCCCCUGCAAACGUCCAGUGACGCAGAGGUAAUGGACGUUAGCUCUGGUGGUGAUGGAUGCAUAUGCACCCUAGGGGAUGUCGAAGCAAAUCCACAGCAGCCCCUCAGCACUGGCACAAUUGCUUUCUGUAGCCAGCCCUCAAAUGAGGCCAAUUACUCCAAUCCAUCGUGCCCCAGAACAGCUCGUCACGCUCCCCCUGUAAUCAAUUUUCUACCAGAUAGCAAGCUGCUAAGGGAUGUUAAGGUCCGUGUUAGCUUUGUUGAAAGCAGCUGUCGCAAAGACAGGAAGGUUGUGUAUACAGGUGAAGAGAAAGAGCGAGUUACUGAUGAUAGUUUAGACAAUAUGAAUGGUGAGUUGGAUUUCUCCAGUGAUCAGAGGCUAAGCCAAGGUAGCUCAGGAACGGCAGAUGGAGAUGGUAGGGUUUUGGAGGCUGACACAGAGCUUGAGGACAAAGUAGAGUAUGCCGUUCUGGAUGAGUUGGAUGACGUCUAUGACAAUUUCAUGGAUGAUGAAGAAAAUGGCGGCUUUCAGUCAGAGGUCAGAAUUCAACAGGAGCAAGCAGAUGGAGAGUCCAUGGCUUACACGUACGAGGAGGAAUUCGACAAUGACGUUGACGCUCUGCUGGAGGAGGGCAUGCCAGUCCCCAAAAAGAUGCGUCCAGCAGAGGACAAAUUUAGUGGCGACAGCGAUCACCAAUCAGACGGUGACGGAAGUGUUCAACCCAUGAUGACCAAAAUUAAAACGGUCAUGAAAAGCCGGGGACGUCCACCCACUGAGCCACUUCCAGAUGGAUGGAUCAUGACAUUCCACAACUCAGGCAUUCCAGUCUACCUGCACAGAGAGACCAGAGUCGUAACUUGGUCCCGACCCUACUUCCUUGGAUCAGGCAGCAUAAGGAAACAUGAUCCUCCAACCAGCACCAUCCCCUGCUUGCACUAUAAGAAGAUGAAGGAAAAUGAGGAGAAGGAACUCAAUGGCGUCGUGGAUCGUCAAGCACAAGAGUUUCCUCUUAAGUCCAGCGUGGGGCUAAAUGGUGACGACCAUGUAGAGAACUCCAACAACACAGCUGAGCUGCCUGAUAAUGUUCCUGGCUCCAAUUCUGCUGACACCGCCCUAGAGGGUGAGGGCAUCACCAAAGACAGUCAGCCUGCUAAAGGGCCUCCACACUGCGACUUCGCUCAAGGAGCCCUAGGACAAGUCAAGGCCAAAGUGGAGGUGUGCAAGGACGAGUCCAUUGAACUUGAAGAUUUCCGACAAUACCUGGAAAAGUGCUUUGACUUUGAACAAGUGACUGUGAAGAAGUUCCGCACAUGGGCUGAGCGAAGGCAGUUUAACAGAGAUAUGAAGAGGAAACAGGCUGAAUCAGAGAGACCCAUCCUACCUGCAAACCAGAAACUCAUUACACUGUCAGUCCAAGAUGCACCUACUAAGAAAGAAUUCGUCAUCAAUCCCAAUGGGAAGUCUGAAGUUUGCAUCUUACAUGAAUACAUGCAACGUGUCCUUAAGGUUCGGCCUGUUUACAACUUCUUUGAAUGUGAGAACCCAAGUGAACCCUUUGGCGCAUCUGUCAUUAUAGACGGAGUCACCUAUGGCGUAGGGACUGCAAGUAGCAAAAAACUUGCCAAAAAUAAAGCUGCAAGAGCCACACUGGAAAUCCUUAUACCUGACUUUGUGAAGCAGACUUCUGAGGAAAAGCCAAUUGAGGCAGAUGAACUUGAGUAUUUUAACCAUAUCAGUAUAGAAGACUCGAGAGUGUAUGAGCUGACCAACAAAGCGGGGCUUCUUUCACCGUAUCAGAUUCUUCAUGAGUGCCUUAAAAGAAACCAUGGGAUGGGAGACACUAGCAUAAAAUUUGAGGUCAUACCAGGGAAGAAUCAGAAGAGUGAAUAUGUCAUGACUUGUGGGAAGCAUACUGUGCGUGGUUGGUGCAAGAACAAGAGGGUUGGCAAACAGUUAGCAUCUCAGAAGAUUUUGCAAAUGCUUCAUCCUCAUGUGAAGAACUGGGGCUCACUGCUACGAAUGUAUGGCCGAGAGAGUAAUAAGAUGGUCAAGAAGGAGAGCUCAGACAAAAGUGUGAUUGAGCUGCAGCAGUUUGCUAAAAAAAAUAAACCAAACCUUCAUAUCUUGAAUAAACUGCAAGAAGAGAUGAGGAAACUGGCAGCACAAAGGGAGGAAACAAGGAAAAAACCCAAGAUGACCAUCAUGGAAUCGGCCCAGCCGGGAAGUGAACCUCUCUGCACUGUUGAUGUCUAACCAGAAAGCUAGCCAGGCUCCACACUCACUCUCUUUCAGCGCUCCCAUCGUCAUUGCCAUAUAGGAUGGUAGACCAUGUUACGUCAUACUGCUUGCUUCUCGUCUGUGUGUAGUUAGAUUGGCUGGUAGACAUCAGGGUAGGACAAAAUGCACUAACCGACCAUAGCGCAAUUACCAUCUACCUCUCUAGAUGCAUCCAUCCCAUCUUUGGUACAAGGAGAAAGUCACCCUGGGUGCAGUUAAGAUGGCAUGUUAGAAACAUUGUACAAAUACAAUGCAUGCACAUCAGACUGUAACAACCACUACCUACCAUGGCUUUGUUUUCAAGUGUCUUAAUAGCUUCAUUUCAAUACCAGCACCUGUGUUUUUAUUAGUGUGUAACAAAUUUGAAAGGGACUACUUGUAUUUAUGCCAUUAUUGGGAAACAAGUGACUUGCAUUUUAUGGGCUUUAGUUAUGGCUAGUAUGGUGGAGUACGUUAUUGAUUCAUGAUUUUUUUUUUUUUUUUUUCCUCGCUCCCCUUCCAAAUUGUCUUGGUCUGCAUGCUUGAAAACGUGAUGUGGUGUGAUGAGUAGGUAUAACAAUUGACCAAUUGUUAUGCACUUGUGUUUGUCCAAGAGAUUUGUUGCUGACUUUUUAGCCCGCCUCCCCCGCCACAGUCAUUUCUUUACCAGUCUUUACUUAAAGAUUAAAAGAUUAAAGAUUAAAUUCCCAAUGAUCGUCACACACACAUCUGCGUGUGGUGAAAUUUGUCCUCUGCAUUUAACCCAGUGCUUCUCAAAUAGUGGGGGGUGCUAUAUCUGGGGGGGCGCGUGUGACCCUAGGGAACAGGCUUUUUUUUGGCAGUACUAGAAUAAAGUGUAAUUGCGCAUUUACUACAGCAGAGGGCAGUGGCGCUCUCAUUGUUACUUCUGUCACCUUUGCGACAGUGCAACAUUUUACGACUUACAAGACAAGUUAGGAUAGUCACGGUGGGGAGGGGGGGCGCGAAUAGUUUUCUUCUUGCUAGGGGGGGGGCGUAACAGAAAAUAAUUGAGAAGCACUGAUUUAACCCAUCCCCGUGUGAUUAUGAUCCAUCCCCUGGGGGAGAGGGGAGCAGUGUGCAGCAGCGGUGCCAAGCUCGGGAAUCAUUUGGUGAACUAACCCCUCAAUUCCAACCCUUAAUGCCGAGUGCCAAGCAGGGAGGCAAUGGGUCCCAUUUUUAUAGUCUUUGGUAUGACCCGGCCGGGACUUGUCAACACUGUUUGGAUAUUUAAGCCGUGCACACCAAUUAACAUUUCGUUAGCGUUGUAUUUUGGUGUUCUUAACUUAAAUAAAUGGUCUACAUGUUGCCUUAGCUAAUCCUUUUCACUAAGGGCCUUGGGUGUAUUGAUUGGACCUAAAACUUGCGUGAAAAGACCAAGUCCUCACUUCCAAAAUAAAGCAUUUACCUAGCAAAUUACUAUUUUUAAAAGAUAAGUAUGUCCACAGCAUGACUUGAGGUAUUUAUCUACUUUGUAUCAGUUUUGUAUGUUUACCUUUAUGCUGACAGCUGACUGCGUAGGACAGUACGUAUACAUACAAUAUAUUGUGCAGAAUGCAACCAUGAAAAUUUUACUUGGAAGGCUGUCACGUCAUUUUAGUCCAACACGAGCUUCUGAAACUGUAUACCAAAGCCUAAAAUCCAGUCAUAUGCAUUUUAUAGACUACCUAAUGUUGCUGCAAACUUUACCAUUUAAAGAAUAUCUGUAAAAGAUAAGAUGCUAAAAUAGAAAACUGCUGUGCAUUAAAGUAUUUGGCUUCUCUAUUUCAGUUGUGAGGCUGAGAUUUUGGUUAGUUUUAAUGAUUUUGUUUCUUUCAUCAUGUAUAAGUGUUAAGUGUUUCAGUGUGAGAAUUGCUUGUACAUGUUAUGCUCUUUCUUGACUUGCACCAGUGACUUCUUUGGGCCGGUGUUGCCUACAGAAUGAAGUAUAGUAUGUAUUGUAACAGGAACUUCAUGACUGGUGAUGUUUGUUAUGCAAAAUAAAAUGUAUUGACUAA